CUUUUAGUUUCCCCCUCAUGUUUUUGCGUCGUGUAGUGAGGCCUUAACAAUUCACCAUCUAAAUAAACACACCUUGCAAUGAUUUCGACAAAUGUCAAUGUGCUCUGAACAAUUGCAUCUCGUCUAAUUUACAUACCUUGAUCCUACCCACGUAAGACAUAGAUGUAUGACCGUGGUUAAAAGUGCAGUGACUAUUAGUUGGUAAUUCGAAGCUUCUUCUAUGAUUGAAAUUUAUGCAUCGCUGACAAGAUGACUCCCGCACAAAAAAAUGCCUAUCUCGAAGCUCAUAUGGCCGUGCAGCAGCAGAUGGCUCAAGCUGCAUUGCAGCUGCAACAUCAGCAUCACCAACAACAACUGCAACAGCAGCAUCUCCAGCAACAACAUAGCCUUAGCUAUAAUCGAGCUGCAAAGAAAACCAAAAUCAGCCACGACCCUCAUCAACUUCUACAGCAAGGAUCACAUCAAUCACAGCAGCAUCAGCAUCAACCGGGGAGUUCGCCCUCUGCCCAUCCGAAUCCGACCGUCAGCCAUUACAUAAACACGAUAAAGGUGCCGCAAAUUAACGCCGGUACGCACGCAAGUGCUUCCAAUGCGGUCAUUAACACUGCUGCUCCUGCUGGAACGGUUACCAGCACCACCACUGCCACUAGUUCCGCAAGAAUUACUUCUACAGGAAGUACUAGCGGAAACAGUGUUGGCCGUGACGGUGGCGGUUGUAGCAGUGGUAGCAGUGGAAGCAGCACCUUCACCGUGCCUGAUGACGUCGGGAUGGGAUUUGAAGGUGGAGUACGCGUUCUUCAAAGUUUAGGGAAUUGGUCACCGGAGAUUCCACCCAACAUACCGCGACCGAACCUGAUACCAUUCACGGAACCGUAUGCCGAGGGUGGUUCUAUGCACCCGGCAACGCGACUAAAGGCCUUGCAGCAAGUGCAUCAGUCAUCGGCUGCUGCUGUUGCAGCUGCAGCAGUCGCUACUUCUAGCGCCUUACGUUCAAAAGCGUCUUCAGUGAAAAGCAAGGCAUCCGGAACGACAGCGGACCCUACUGCCUCGUCUAAACCGGUAUUCGAGUGCACCGUUUGUGGAAAAGGGUUAGCACGCAAGGAUAAAUUGACCAUCCACAUGCGCAUACAUACCGGGGAAAAGCCGUACGUCUGCGAAGUGUGCGAUCGUGCGUUUGCGCGCCGUGACAAACUGGUGAUACACAUGAAUAAGUUCAAACACAUUACCCCAACGAAUAUAGCUCCACUCGGCAAGCGUCAGAAUCGUUCAUUCACGAUAGUGGAAAAGGAUGAGUUUAAAGGAGAAGACAAUACAUCACCAAUGCAGACCAACCAUCAGACAGUAGUGACGACCGUCGUAAACAAUAUUGCAAUUCAAAAUCAACAUCAACAACAGAACCAGUCGAAUAAUCAGCUGUCUCAACACCAACAACAAUUAGUUCCUUCUAGCCUGCAUGUGCAACCCGCUGCAUCCGACGAAUCACAAUUAGGAAGUAUCGGUUUUGAUCAGUCACACCAUUCGUUGUCGUGGCCGUGUGAACUAUGCGGCCGAAUGUUUGGUUCCCGAGAAGAAUGGACUGUGCACGCUAAAAGCCAUCUAGAGCUGUUCGACAAACUCCGAAACGAGCAAAGUGAACUGUUGGAUAAGAUGAUUCCAAUACAAGGGGAUGUAUCUCUAUUAGCGCUUGGCCUUUCCCAGGAUGAUAUCGAUAGAAUGUACAAUGUGUCAGUUAUCUUUCAUGUGGCUGCUAGUGUACGGUUCGACGAUCCGCUCAAAACUGCAAUUUUGCUCAACACGCGAGGAACUCGUGAAUUGAUACGUUUUGCCAAACAGUUACCUGCACUUCGCGUGCUUAUGCAUGUCUCCUCCACUUAUUCGAAUCCAGAUCGCUACGUGAUUGAAGAAGAAAUGUAUCCAGCAUAUGCAAAUUGGCGUGACGCAAUACGCAUCGCUGAAACAUUUGACGAACAAACAAUUGAUGUAUUCGCUCCCAAAUAUAUGGGUUUUUUGCCCAAUACGUACGUUUUCACCAAAAGUUUAGCGGAACAUAUUGUCAACGAGCAUAAGGAUCGCUUACCGAUAAUUUUGUUUCGUCCAUCAAUUGUAAUAUCCUCAAUGAAAGACCCUAUCCCAGGCUGGAUGGAUAAUUUUAAUGGCCCCGUAGGUCUGCUUGUCGGAUGUGGCAUAGGCAUCUGUCGUACGAUGUACUGUGAUCCAAAUAACAUAGCUGAUUUUACGCCGGUUGAUGUGUGCAUCAAGGCAAUGAUCGUUGCCGCAUGGAAGCGUGGCACUGAACCGGACCAAAGUGAUCCAAAUCAACAACUACCUAUCUACAACUGCUGUAUUUCAAACCUGAGAAAUUCAACCAUGUCACAGAUCGUAGAGAUGGGUCGAACUUUAUCGGACGAGAUUCCACUAGACAAAUGUAUCUGGGCUCCUGGCGGUGGCAUUACACAACUUCGGAUUCAUAAUUUGAUACGAGUGCUGUUGUAUCAUAUAUUACCCGCCAUCUUGAUUGACGGAGUCUUUCGUCUAAUGGGUCAAAAGCCUUUCUUGGCGAAAUUACAGCGGAAAAUCUACACAGCGAAUAUUGCCCUCGAGUAUUUCAUUUUGAAUAACUGGGACUUCAAAAAUGGCAACUUUAUACGCCUAGCAUCAGAAAUAAAACCAGAGGACAACAAAGAUUUCUACUAUCGCGAUUUUAUAGAGUUUGAUGUAACACUGUACUUUCGUAAUUGCAUUCUCGGUGCUAGACGAUAUUUGCUCAAAGAAAAAGAUGAAAAUAUUCCACGUGCGCUUACGCAUCUGAAACGGAUGAAGAUAUUGGAUAAAUUUUGUAAAUACGUUAUCUUAUUUAUCUUUCUAUACGUUAUUUUAAUACAGUUUGGUGUGCUUGAAAUGAUACUUUUCAUAAUUUCGUACAAACCUUCUUAUAUUAUUGAUAACGAAUGUACAUAACUCUGAGUCACGUGUAGUAAAAAGAUUACGAACAAGAAUCAUGUAGAUUUGGCGAAACUAUCAGAACUAUGAUCAGAUAUUUUGUUGCGAAGUAAGGCUCAGCUAUAAUGUUAACUUAAGAAUGUUAUCCGCACACAAACUUAAAAUACGGUGUUGAAUCUUCUGGACUGAACUAAUAGAAUAUAAUUUUAUGUAAGGUGUUUCAGGUGUUGUAGGAGGUUUGUGAAUGGUGAUCUAAAUAAAUAUUGAAUAGCAAAUUAUGUGGACUCAUUCUGGCGAGUCAUUCUGCUUUUGAAUUAAAAA